AAGGCGCAUAUCAUAAAUAGCUACCUAGCACCAAGAUUACGACGCCUCGUAUUCAUGCCCAUGACAGCCAUAUCAAGGCCUGCGUGUGGCUGCAGCCACACGACGCCAACACCGUGCGCAUGGAAGCUGAGGCGGAAUACGAGGUCAAGCUGGCUAGCCCGCAUUGCUCCUGGCACCAGCUGCCAAUCCCAUGGACCCGUCCUUUUUAAUGAAAACGCCAUCUUUCGCUCGAAUCGUCUCCGCGAUGUUUAGUUCGCUUUCUCACGUUCGCUACUGUUGAUACGAGUUGCGGCAGCGUCGCUACGCUGCGCCCAAACGCGAUGUCGAAAACUGAGCGUAUUCUUGGUGUGUUCACUGUCGCGCUUGCGGGAGUGGCGCGCGCGGCCCCAGCUCCUCAAAGAGUUGGUAUCGGAAUUGUACCUGUACCUACAAUGUUUCCAGUCACAAAUGCGACGACAUUACCGCCGAAACCCACACCGACCGACAACGCGUCAACCUGCGAGGCGUCAUGCGAAGUACGGUACCCCGAAUUGUUUGGCCUGUCAUGGGCGCGAGAAGAUCAGGUUGUUUUCACCGAGACUGUCACAGUUGGCACUGUCAGCAUCACCACGUUGAGCCAGGUCAACAAAACUUAUAUGUUAACGAAUACGUAUUACAAUGAUGGGAUGCCCAAAUUCUACACAUUAUAUCAGCAAGGUACGGAUGACGGUGGCACGAAGACUGUCGAAGCCAUAAUCACUCUUUCCGAUGAGGUGGUAUCUACCAUUUUUACCUAUCCAACCCCGUGGGUAGAUUAUCCAGCAGCAUAUCAUUGGCAAGGCAUCGUUCCUACUCAUGACGACCAAUCGGAACCAGUAUGUGCUACCUCGACAGAAGAACUGGCAUACGGAGAGGUGACCCAACACCCACUCUACCCGCAACCUACAGAUGUCAUUCCAGAUAAGAAAGACCCUGGGGGUACGAAUUACGUACCCUUGUGGAUCGCGCUUCAAGACUUGCCCGACAAGAAGUGGUUUGAUCAGGCGUUUCCUUCCGAAUCUGCCUUCGCGUACUGUACAUCGGUAGCAGGAAAACCAGCUCCUGUGGAUAUAUCUACAGCGAAGUUCGUCUUGGCCACCGCAUCGUUCGCCACCAGUAUGGCCAAUCCGGGGUUUAUUCAUCCAGAAAGUUCCGUGACAGGCUGGUUUGAUGGGGUGACGACGAGUGAGCCGGACAAUCUCGUCGAGCCGACGCAGCAAGUGGGUUCAGCACAUGGAGAAAGAACUUCUACGCCAAUUCACCCAAGGCCAUCGACGACAGCCGGUCCAAGAGCGACAUCGGUACAGGUCCCAGACAUUCCAGACAUUUCCGACACUGUAUCUACUGUGCCGCCGUGGGAUCUACGACCUACCGUUCGACCAAGUACUCCGCUCGUCAACAAUCCUAGCACUGCUCAAAAUGACGGUGAACAGCCUGGCAAUGGGAAUUGGGGAGCUCAGCCAUCUCCAACGAACAACAAUGGUUUCGCGCAGCCUGCGCCUGGCGUCCCAGGAGGCGGGCCGGUAUCAACUCGUACGACUCCAAUCUUUACGUUCAAACCGACAACUAUUAAUGGCCAACCUACCGCCACUCCGAUCUUCAUCUUCCCAGGGUCCUCCUCGACUGCGACGAUCGGUCAAACUGUCUCCUUCAAUGGACAGACUACAGUUCUGGCAGCUCCGUCGGCCAUAUUCGCUUUCUCACGACUACAAUCGACGGAAAAGAGACUGUGGUCCCUGUGUAUAUUAUCAGCGGAAGCUUGACCGCGACAAUCGGACAGACUGUCACAAUUGAUGGAACGGCGACUGUACUCUCCACGCCAACAGCAGACGCGGUAUUCACUUCUAUCACGACGACCAUCAACGGAAAAGAAACCGUGGUGCCCGCUUUCAUCAUCAGCGGCAGCACGACCGCCACCAUCGGCCAAACGGUCAUGCUCCACGGAAC